GGCAUCUUCUCCCACGGUGACUUUCUAUUUCUACGUGACUCUCCUUGGUCACUUCCUUUUGUUCUUUUCUCGUGUGGAAAGUUUUCUUGCUUCCACUUCUUUUGUACAUAUUAAUCAAAGGUUCAGUUCCAACACUUCCUCAUGAAUCCAUUGAUUAAAAUCUUCUCGUUCUUCUCUUGUGAUUCUUGUCUCCCUCUUGAGAGGAAUCUCCUUUUUUUUUUAACACAAAGAGAGGAAUCUCCAAGAGCUUCUUUUUGUCCAUCUUGCUUUCUUUCUCUUAGGGUUGUGGAAUUCACCACCAAGCGGUCGUCAUGGAAUAUAGGCAACAGUCUCUUUUGGGUGAUGGAAACUGCACAAGUACCAUUCCUCUCGAUCUCCUAGUUGAGAUACUCUAUCUACUCCCUCCCAAAUCACUUAUCAGAUUCCAAUCCGUGUCAAAGCUGUGGUUCUCUACUAUCCGCAGUAAAGUUUUCGCAGACUUGUUCCUGACUAGGUCAAAGGCUCGUCCCCAUCUCCUUUUAUCCUUGAGUUGCUAUUGGUCCAAAGAGUGUUACAUCUUCUCGGCUCCUGAACAUGACAACAACGACGAUGACAAAUCCUCCACAGUCAUGGCCAGAGACGACAUGAUGAACUUGGAACCCGGCUUUUACUUGGACUCUGGUUCUAUCAACGGUUUUGUCUGCUUCAGAGGUGAGAGACCCGAUUAUAAUCCGAUCACCGUUUAUAAUCCCACCACUAGACAAAUUGUAAAAUUGCCAGACGUUACACCCGACGGAAGACACUUGUACGCACGUCUUGGCUACGAUCCAGUCGAAGAUCAAUACAAGGUGUUGUGUCUGAUGAUGUUCGACCAUGAAAGGCGAAAUAACCAACUGGAGCAUUUUGUUUGCACUGUGAGUUCAUCUAAGAAAGAGUGGAGAAAGAUCGAGAACACGACCGGAGAUUACUAUCACUCUGUCUACGGAGAGACAUGCAUUGAUGGUGCACUAUACUACGGGGUUGGAAAGUCAAGAAUAGUUAAGUUCAACUUUAGAUCAGAGAUGAUUGAGCUUAUUAAAACACCCAAAGAGGCGAAAAUACACCGAAUCACUCUUAUAAAUUACAAGGGGAAACUGGGAGGUGUAGAUUAUUCUUGCACUGAAAAUUUUAUGACAUUGUGGGUUCUUGAGGAUGACAAGAAACAGGAAUGGUCGAGCAUGAGGUGUGACUUACCUUCUACGUGGGAAGAUUUACUUGGGUUUUACGUAAGGUCCAAAGGAGUGAGUCAUACGGGAGAGCUUAUGGUGUUCAACCCGUAUUUAAAGCAAGAGUUAGAGUCAUCUCAGCUAUUUUAUGUUUGCUAUUAUAAUUUUGACAAAAAGAGUAUAAGAAAAGCAGAGAUCCGAGGAAUGGUGGAUGGUGAUUUCAGACGUAUCCGUGGGAUCGGUCAGCUUAAUGGUCUUAUGACGAUAUUAUGUUUUCCAGGUCACAUUGAGAAUAUUAGGUUCUUGUGAUGGUUUUUUGUAAUAUUUAUUAUUCAGGGAUUUUAAUUAGCUUCUUCCAUUCAAUUUCAUCAUGAGUUGAUUAUCAGCGUUUGUAGAAACCAUUAGUUCCUGGAAAUUUUUUU